AUGCUUGGAAUCAAACAGUCGGCUACUAAAAAAGUGAUGAAAACGGCAUAUCGGAAGAAAGCACUACGAUGGUAUCCAGAUAAAAAUCCCGAUAUUCGCAAUGCAGCUCAACUGUUCUUGCGGUUAUCCAAAAUAUUAAUUAUUCUUACAGACACAGCAGCUCGAUUGGAUUAUGACAAGUCGGUAAAUCUGCUGCAAAAUUGCUCAAAAAGGACGCGAUUCGGGUAA